AUGAUUGAGUUUCGCUGGCCCAUCAUCAGUGUGUCUCCAUUCUUAUCUCAUAGAUUAGGUAUAGAGCAACUCUGUUCUGCUGAGUUGCUUACGGUCUCCACCCACCCAAGGAGAAUAUGCACCCAAGGGAAGGGUCUUAAUGGAGAGAAAAAUAGACUCAGAAGUUCAGAACAAGCUGGCGGUGGUGGUUACACUGAAGCGAAGCAUCAAGCAAUGGCGACGACAACCGUCGAGACGAGUGCAGGCGAGGCGGCGAUGGAGGAGGAGCAGAAGCAGCAAGUGUUGAUGCCGCCGGUGAAGAAGACGGCCAUGAAAGUCUCGGUGGCCAUCGAUGAGAGUGAUGCGAGUUUCUACGCGCUCAAGUGGACACUCAAUCGUCUCUUCCGGCGGUCUGCCGUUGCAACGCCGACACCGGAGCCAUCCAACCUGGAGGAUUCCGACGUGCUCACCGUAGUUCAUGUCAUUCAGCCAUUGCAGCACUACAUCCUCCCGGCUGUACCCCCGGUGCCAGUGUAUGUGGAUAUGGAAGCUUCAAGGAAGGUUCAGGAAGAGAAUGUUGCUUCAAUACUCUCUCGUGCAUUACGGAUGUGCAAAGAAAAAAUGAUCAAAGCAGAAACUUUAAUUCUUCAAGGAGACCCAAAGGAAAUGAUUUGCCAAGCUGUAGAGGAUAUGAAUGCUGAUCUUCUUGUUGUUGGUAAUCGAGGACGAAGCAAGAUCAGAAGGGCCUUGUUGGGUAGUGUAAGUGAUUACUGUGCUCACCAUGCAAACUGUCCAGUCCUCAUUAUGAAGCCACCGAAGGAGUCGUCCCAGAAGUGA